UCAUGACAUGAAUACUAGUAAUAUAAGUUUGGGUGUGUCUCCUUGUCUCUAAUAAAGAUGCUUGCAGUUUUAGCUGUUGGAGUGUUCCUAUUGGGACUAGCAUCAGGUGCUUCACCUAAUGCUAAUCUACCUCAUAUUGUCAUGAUGCUUGUUGAUGACUGGGGCUGGGCUAAUGUUGGAUAUCAUCGGAAUCCACCAACAUGUGAAGUUGUUACACCAAAUAUCGAUAAGCUAGUUAAGGAAGGCCUAGAACUUAAUCAGCACUAUGUCUACAAGUUCUGCUCUCCUUCUCGCUCAUCUUUAAUCAGUGGAAGAUUACCAAUUCAUGUUAAUGACCAAAACCUGCUUCCAACUAAUUACAAUCCUGAUGAUCCAGUCUCUGGUUUCUCAGCUAUUCCACGUAACAUGACUGGUAUUGCAGAGAAGAUGAGAGGAGCUGGUUAUGCUACACAUCAAGUAGGCAAAUGGGAUGCUGGAAUGGCAACAUCAGACCACACACCAAAAGGACGAGGAUUUCAGACUUCGUUUGGUUAUUUUCAUCAUGCUAACGAUUAUUAUAAGGAAACAGCUUCAGCUUGCAAUAGAACUCAAAUAGUUGAUCUAUGGGAAACAGAUAAACCUGCUCAUGGUAUCAAUGGUACUGGACCUGAUAAUUAUGAAGAAGGAUUGUUUAAGGAGAGAGUUCUUGAUGUUGUAAGCAACCAUGAUCCUAGUACACCUCUAUUCCUGUAUUAUGCUCCACAUAUUGUGCAUACACCUUUGCAAGUACCUGAUAGAUAUUUGAAAUUGUUUAGUUUCAUCAAUGAUCACGAUAGACAGUAUUAUCAUGCAAUGGUUAACUAUCUUGAUGAUGUUGUGGGUGAAAUCACUGAUGCUCUCAAGAAUAAAGGAAUGUGGGACAAUCUUCUCUUUGUCACUAGCAGUGAUAAUGGUGGUCCUGUUUAUCCUGGAGGAGGUGCUAAUAAUUAUCCACUGAGAGGAGGCAAAGUAACCGAUUGGCAAGGUGGUGUUCGUGUUAAUGCUUUUGUAUCUGGAGGGUAUCUACCAGAGAAGAUGAGAGGACAAAAGACUGAUGGAUACAUUCAUUUGGCUGAUUGGUAUGGUACUUUCUGUGCUAUUGCUGGUGUUGAUCCAACUGAUGAAAAAGCUGCUAAAGCUAAGCUACCUCCAGUAGACAGUUACAACAUGUGGCCGUUGAUAUCAGGUGAGACUGAUACCUCCCCUCGCACUGAUGUCCCUGUUAGUAAUGUCACUUUAAUCAGUGGAGAUUAUAAGAUAUUAAUUGGUAAUGUUAAUGAAGCAGGAUGGACUGGGCCUCAGUAUCCUAAUCAAACCAAUCCUAAUGGAGGAAUAACAGCAAUUGAGCAUUGUGGUGAUGAUGGUUGUCUUUAUAAUAUAAAGGACGACCCUGAGGAAAGGAACAAUAUUGCUACCAAAGAGCCAGAAAUGCUGAAAAAGAUGCAAGACAAAUUGAAAAAUUACCAGGCAACUUAUUUUAAUCCAGAUCGUGGCCCUGUCUCACCUGAUGCUUGUACAAUGGCUUUAGAUACUUAUGGAGGAUUUUGGGGACCUUUUGUUUCUUGAUUAUAAAUAAUUUAAUUAUACUGCUGCAGCUGUUAUUGUGUAGUGAUGCUGGUUUGUUUGCUAUUUUAGGAAUUUAUUUUGCUUGCUUAUCUGAGCUGGAUCUAGCUGAUAAUGUAUUUUUAAAAAAGGAGUGUUUUUAGGCGUGGCUACUGGCUAGAAAUAGAGUUCAGAGAUCAUAGAUGCCUUGGGGAUAUUUUAGAAGACGUAUACAAGCUCAGCUAGAGAGAGAUCUCUCAGAGUCCAGGCUGAUGAGGAGGUUGGCUCAGUUGAGCUUAUACCAGUUCUUCAAACUCUCAGAAUUAUGGAGUAGUAAAAGAUUACCUCCAACUUCUUCAAAUUUUAUUGAGCGAUUGAAAUUAUUCGGUGCUCAUUUUAAGGAGAACAUAGAGAAGGAGCUAAAGGAUUUGAAGUUACCACCAAAAAAAGACAAUAAAUAGAUCUAUCAUUUGUACAACAC